AUGCCUCCACAACAGAGAGUGAUUCACGAACAGCCGGAUAUAGAAAACACCAUAUUAUACUCCACGUAUCAAGCUUCUAGUCCUGCUAGAUUUUCAACCGAUGAUGACAAGUUUAUAAUGUACGGCGGUGGGCCUUCCUAUACCAUCCAAUUCCGAAACACGGGAAAACUUCGACCUUUUUCGACUGACCGAGUGUCCUUGUUUGUAUUGUCUUCGCAUUUUAUCGUAUGGUCGAAUGAAGAUAAUUUAGGGAUCGAAAUACCAUAUCAAUUGAUUUACUUGCAUGCCUUGGAUAAAAAUUCACUAUACCUACAAGUACAGAACAGUCCCGUGCUUAGUGAUUCAUCGGAUGAUGUUUGCGAGAUUAGAUUAGUUGAAAACAACGACCAUGGAAAUACAAAUGUGCUAUUUACCAAGGUAAAUGGGGAGGCAGAAGUCGUAUAUCAGGCGAUGUCAACAUGCUCAGCUAUGCAUUUCGACUCCGAUGACUCGGAUGACGACGAAACGAUGGCUGUGAAUCACGAGGCCCAUCUUCCUACAAUGGAAAUACCCGAGAAUUGGCUUAGUGGUGAAGCAUCUGCUAACAUUCAAGAGAAACAUUUCAAAAACGACGGGUAUGCUGAUGAUCUAGACGAUGAGAACAGUGAUGAAGGUCCAGAUCAUGGUGUUGUUGCCGGUAUGAGUGUUGAUGUUGGAUAUGCUUCGAUAGCUGGAAGUAAAAGAACUGAACAGGAUGAUCAGGAUAGCACGUUGUAUAGAAAGAGAAAUAAAAUUCAGUGA